AUGAAGCACAUGAAGCCGCCCUUCAUGAAGCACCAGAAAGCAGCCGAAUUACAAACCGGACAAUCACCCCUACUAUUGGACCAAAUUCCAAGAUUAACUGAAACGGAAACAUCGCCAUUUACACAGUUCAUAAUGUGGUCAUUGAGUGGAUCCAGAUAUUCUGGUUUGAAUUCCGUAUCCAUGAAUCAUGAUAACAUCAUUCAUGUGGUUAAGAAGAACCUCACAGCCAUUAUUUGGACCUGUAAAUGUCAGGAGUCUAUUUGUUUCAAGAGCUGUUACUGGCUCUAUUUCUUUGAUAACUUUCAUCUACUGAGAUUACCAUUGUCUCAAGCCAUGCUCUUGAGCUUUACAAUUCCAUUAAUGGCUUCAAUAUCUGUAGGAUUCAUUCUUCAUGAGAAUUUUAAAAUUGAAGAAAUAGCAGGAAUUGCUUCAAGUUUCUUUGGUGUAAUCUUCAUCAUCAGUUCAAUGGUCAGCGUGCAAGGUACAGAAGGAGGUCAACAAGUAGAUGAAGUACAUUAUUUUUAUGUGUUUUUGAUUGGUUUAUUAUCAUCAUUGACUGGUGGAAUGAGCUACUGUUUUAUAAGGGCUGGAGCUAAACAGUCUGAUCAACCUGUGGUCACUAUAUUUUCCUUUGGUUUAGUCUCUACUCCUGCUGCAACAAUAUGCAUGAUCACAUUUGAAGAUUUUGUGUUGCCUAGCUUCUAUUCUUUCCUUCUUAUGAUUAUACUUGCCAUACUGGCGUUUGUUGCUGAGAAUGGGUUCUACCCUUUGAUGCCUUUAACAACACUCCUUGUUUGUUGCCUUCAUGGAUAUCACAAGCAUCUACUCACCAAAAGGGGUAGGGAAGGGGACCAGGGGAACUCCUUUAAAUUCUCUUUGUUUGCAAAUAAAAAGUUUGGAAGUUGGAAGUAUCGGAGAGUUUUUAUCAGCUGCUUUGCAGCCUCAGAGCCAUUAGCUCAAGCUAGUACAGCAAAAUCAAGAUUUUCUGCAAAGGAUUACAUUGAUCAUAUGGCACUUGUGCGUGCAUAUGAAGGAUGGAAAGAAGUUGAAAGAGAAGGAUCUGCUUAUGAAUAUUGCUGGAGGAAUUUCCUUUCUGCUCAAACACUUCAAGCUAUACAUUCUUUAAGGAAUCAGUUUAUCCAUAUUUUGAAAGAUGCUCAAUUACGUGAGACUAAAUCAGGGAUUAACAACAGACUGAGUCAUAAUCAAUCAUUAGUUAGAGCCAUUAUAUGCUCAGGCCUUUUUCCUGGCAUUGCAUCUGUAGUGGUCGGUGGUGGCGAAGUUCAAUACCAUGGUGAGGUUGCAAGGCUUAAAGUUGCCAUGAAGAUUGUCAUAGGAUAA